UGUUAAACAUAACGAUUGGCGAUGUCGUCGGUGUCUGUUCUCGAGUGGCUUUGCGCGACCUCAACGCUGCUGCCCGGACAGUCGAAGAGUCAAUGGAAGACGGCGGAAACGUGCAGAGAUAUUCGUUUACGUGCGGUCGUAUCGCGUAGGGUACACAUGUGCAAAUCGAACUUACGCGAGUAGGUUUUUUUUCGCGAACACAACCUUGUGUAAGUUUGGAUGGCGCGUGGACAGGUCCAUCAAUACGGUAGCACUACUCAUUACCAGCGUCGCAUAAUCCUUGGAAGACAAAGUAGACUAGUAUACCAGAACGAACGCCACUGCAAGUGGUUCGUUGUUGGUUCGUUGUCAAUAUUGAUUCCCGAGCGGAUUGCGGUAGGUUCGGCUCGCACAUGUGUAUUCGGCGUGCGUUCGUGGAUGCCGUCGACUCGCUGCAAGUCACUCGCUCGAUCAUCGUUCUUGCUGACAUCGAUAAUUUACGUAUGUCAUGCAUGCGACGGACCGAAUAACUUUAACAGCGAGUGCCUACCAUUUUUCACCGGACGUUUUAAAGAUUUUAUGAUAAACGAUAAGAAAUCAAGAUUUACAGAAGAAACAUUGAGCUUGAAUAAUUUAGGAAUAUUUGUGCCAAAAAUAUUAAUUUCUAAAAUACACGAAGAUACAAUACAAAUAUUUGAAUCUAUUUGGAAUCAGUUUCUAAAUGUACAAAGAUUAAGUGACAGGUUUGCAAAUAGAGAAGCUUUUAUUAGAAAGUUGCAAGGGGAAAUGAUUUGGUGGAAAGAAUAUUGGAAUAAAGAAAAAAAUGAUGUUCCUGAUACAGCUCUAAACUCUUUAGAACAUUGUGAUAAAGAUAUGUUUCCAACAAUAUAUUCACUGUUAAAGAUUUUAGCUAGUUUUACAGUUAGUAUAGCGUCGGCUGAAAGGAGUUUUUCUCCACUUAAGAAAAUAAAAACUUGGCUGCGAUGCAAGAAAAACUUCCUGAAUUGGCGAUUUUACAUUGUCAUCGAGAUCAACAUAUUGACAUAAAUGAAGUGAUAGAUAUAUUUUCAAAAAAUAA